AUGAAGGGCGACGCGAUCGUAGGCCUCCAUCGGCACCUCGGCGCAACUUUUAAAGGGCCGCGCGACGCCGCCAGGCCUCAGUCCGAGAUGGAGCGGCGGAGCGAGCGCGUGAAUCUCGCUUUGGCCAAGGACAAGUUGUAUCCCGGCAUCGGCUUCUUUGCGGUCGGCUACGGAGCCAAUAACGACCCCGUCCGAGGUUAUGUGGCCAGCUUCAUCAUUGGCGUCGCUUGCAUACUCAUAGCAAACUUGAAUGCGGUUGCGACACUGGUGGUGAACUUCUUCCUGGCUGCUUAUGCACUCAUCAAUUUCUCCGUCUUCCAUGCCACCAUAACCAAAGCCCCAGGCUGGAGGCCGUCCUUCAAG